CAGAGGCGGCCAGCAGCGCUCACACUACCCAGCUCCCGGCACCCGUUGAAGUGACACGAGCGUGCCUGGCGGUGUGUGGCAUGUGUACGGCUAGGCAUCGCUAGGUGCUGAGAGACCAGACCAAUGCGCCCUGUGGUUGCUGUCCCCACCCUCAACGUGGACCUCCUGGCCAAAGACAGCCACUACUCAGGGGGUCAGCAAGCUUUCCUCACCUUGCUGAGAAAUUCCAGAACAAGGCAGAAUUAAGCCUCACUGUCUCUCAGUCCAGUCUCCAUCUCCUGGAAGCUCUGAGCAGCUACUCAGCUACUCUGUAAGCUCAAGAGAAGGUUCUACAGGAGACCGUGGCUGUCCCCUGGGAGAUUCAUGGCCCGGAAAAGGAAAUCAAAGGAGUGGCCAAGAGCCAAACACACACCAUGGUGCAGUGCAGACCACCGCAGGAGUUCAGCUUUGGGCCACGGGCCCUGAAGGAUGCGCUGAUCUCCUGCGAUCUGGCUCUGAAGCAGCUCUACACCUCAGCCUUCUCCCCGUCGGAGAGGCUCUUCCUGUCUGAGGCCUACAACCCUCACCGGACUCUCUUCAGCACACUACUCAUCCAUUCAGCCUUCGACUGGCUCCUAAGCCGUCCAGAGGCUCCUGAGGAUUUCGAGACCUUCCAUGCUUCUCUGCAGCUCCGGAAGCAGAGCCUGGCCCGGAAACACAUUUACCUGCAGCCCAUAGAUCUGAGUGAGGGGCUGGCAGGAUGCCCCCUGCUGGACCACCUUCGAAGCUGUGCGGAGGCUUUCUUCCUGGGCCUUCGAGUUAAGUGCCUGCCCUCUGUAGCCUCUGCCUCCAUUAACUGCUGCUCAAGACCCGCUCGGGACACCGAUGGGCUCCAGCUUCACACAGAUGGCAUCUUGUCCUUCUUGAAGAACAACAAGCCGGGGGAUGCAUUGUGCGUGCUGGGCCUCACGUUGGCCGACCUGUACCCCCAUGAUGCCUGGACCUUCACCUUUGGCAGAUUUCUUCCGGGGCAUGAAGUGGGUGUGUGUAGCUUUGCUCGCUUCUCUGGGGAGUUCCUGCAGGCCUGGUCCAGCAUUCCUGACUCAGCUUUGCUGGAGGCAGCAGCAGGUGGCCCUGAGACGUUGCCACAGGAGGGAGGACGGACCCUGUGCUUCAGCGCCCUGGGCAUGGUUCAGUGUUGCAAGGUCACCUGCCAUGAGCUCUGCCACCUCCUGGGCCUGGGGAGCUGUCGCUGGCUCCGCUGCCUCCUGCAGGGGGUGCUUAGCCUGGAUGAGGCGCUCCGGCGGCCCCUGGACCUCUGUCCCAUCUGCUUGAGGAAACUGCACCACCUCCUGGGCUUCAGGCUCCUGGAGAGGUACAAGAGACUGCACACUUGGACUCGGGUGAUGGUGGAGAUGUGGUCUGGUCAAGAGGCCGGGGAGCCAUCUGUGUCAGAGGACACCUUGCCUUUCAGUGCUGACUCAGGCAUGGGCUGUGAGAGUGACACGGAGCCUGUCACCAGCCCGUCAGAGCCCAUCACCCCUGAUGCGUGGAGUCAUACGUUUCCUGAUGGGCCUGAACCAGUGUCUGAGGAAGGACUGAGCUCCCUAGCGGCCUCGGAAGUGUUGCUGAAACUCGGGGGGCCUGUGGAUGCCCUGGAGGAAUACAGACAGUGGCUGGAUGCGUGCAUCCAGGCCCUGGAGAGGGAGGUGGCUGAAGAGGAGCUGGUCCAGGUGGAUGCAGCCGUGGAUGCACUGGAUCGGUGGGAGAUGUUCACAGGGCAGCUCCCAGUGACCAAGCAAUACAUGCCCUGUGUCAAGGAUAAUGUGGGACUGCGCAGGGUCCUGGGGGACAAGUUCUCUUCCCUGAGGCGGCGACUGAGCUCUCGCAGACUUGCCAAGGCCAGUUCUUCCCAGUACAGCUGGGGAGCAGAGAAUUAGCACAGCAAGAUGGACCAUCCAAUGCCGAGAAAUCAGUUCCUGGCACUUUUUUAUCCUGAGGAUACUAGCCAACCAGUGACUGAGGGUACUCUGGUAUCUGCAGGGUUAAAACAAAGGUUCCCCAGAAGCUAAGGAAAUGCUCCUUGGGUGCUUGACCACAGGGGCCCCCAUGUUGUGUGGCUUGCAGCCUUAACUGAGAUGCAGGCAGGAAGUUGCUACGUGCUCACUUCUUCCUUGCAGGAGGGGGCUCUGGUCUGUCUCGUUCCUCGCAGCCAGAGCUCUGGGCCACCCUGCAGCAUGGGUUAUGUGGCUGUGUGUGUAUUAUUAGUAUGUGUGUGUGUCUGUGCACAUGAGUGCAGUUGCCUACAGAGGCCAGCAGAGGGCAGCAGACUCCUAGAUAUCAUUACAGGAAUUUGUAAGCCACCUGAUGGGGGUAAUUCCAACUGAACUCAGGUCCUCUGCAAGUGGAUGUCUGAGCCAUCUCUCCAGCGCCAACAUUUCUGACCUGUGUCUCUCACACAGCGGUUCUUUUCUGUGGCUAGAAUGCCUUUCUGCUCACCAAGGCUGGCACAGGUGCCUUUGAGAAGCUCCUCAAGAAAUUUGUGCCCUGUGAGACUGGCUGAAGUGGGGGUGAUGGGGUUGGCAGUGGAAGGCAAAGGUCACUUCUCCAACCCUGAGGCUGCUGCUGCCCAGCUCCUGCCACCAGUUAGGCCAGUGUGGUGGUGGUAGGGGCUCAGCUCUUUUCUCUUUGAUGACAUUUUUUCUGUCUCCAGCUGUAUAAACUCCUGACACAGCUGU